AUGGACGCUGGGAUGGAUCUGCUCCACAGCUCCGGGGUAGAGCUGGUGCAGUACCUACAGAUGAAUUACAGGGACUCCCAGAGCUGGUUCACCUUCAUCUCUUUCGCCGCUGACCUGAGAAACACUUUCUUUGUUUUCUUUCCCAUCUGGUUCCAUCUGUGUGAAGCCGUGGGUGUCAAACUCAUCUGGGUGGCCGUCAUUGGAGACUGGCUCAACCUCAUCUUCAAAUGGUUCUUAUUUGGACAAAGACCUUACUGGUGGGUCCAUGAGACCCAGUUUUAUGCUAAUUCUUCCCUUCCCGUGGUGCAGCAAUUUCCGAUCACAUGUGAAACCGGACCAGGAAGUCCAUCUGGUCAUGCAAUGGGUUCAGCCGGAGUCUGGCAUGUGAUGGUCACAGCAUUACUGACCUUUGGAUUACAAAAGAAGCAGCCCAUCUUCCAAAAAUGGUGUCUCCAUGUGCUGCUAUGGACAGUGUUCUGGGUGAUUCAGAUCUGUGUCUGUGCAUCGAGAGUGUUUCUGGCCGCUCACUUUCCACACCAGGUUUUCUUUGGAGUUAUUUCAGGGUUGAUGGUGGCUGAAGCGUUUGGUCGGACUGAUGCAAUCUACAAUGUGAAGUUUACGCAGUACCUGAAGAUCACUCUGUCCUUGUUCUCCUUCGCUCUGGGCUUCUAUCUGGUGCUAAAGGUGCUGGGAGUGGACUUGCUGUGGUCAGUGGAGAAAGCCCAGAGAUGGUGCGCCCGAGCAGAAUGGGUCCACAUCGACAGCACUCCCUUCGCUGGUCUGGUCAGGAACAUGGGGGCCUUGUUCGGAUUGGGAUUAGCUCUCAACUCCCCCAUUUAUGCUGAGAGCUGCAAAGGGAAGAGGAGCCAGCAGUUCAGCUUCAGACUAAGUUGUAUAGUGGCUUCAUUACUCAUCCUGCAUCUGUUUGACUCAGUGAAGCCCCCGACCCAGACGGAAUUCCUGUUUUACUUUCUGUCUUUCUGUAAGAGUGCUGUUGUACCUCUGGCUGCUGUGGUAUUUGUUCCAUACUGUGUGUCACAAAUUGUAAACCGAGAGGAGAAGAAAAAGCUUCUAUAG